AUGCGCAUUAGAACCUCCCUCUGAUUGGUGCUCAAAUCCACUGUCACUUCAGUCUUUAUUUCUCGCAUUUGCCAGAAGAUCUACUCAGGAAAUAACGGGACAGAAACGUGACUGGUUACGUAACCGCGCGGGCCUCUGGGUAAUUUGAUCCCGUGUCUGCAAAGAUCAAACCUUAUCAUUAAAACAAACAGCUGCCUUUAAAGAUACAGAGAGGAAGAGAACUGAGCACAUUUACGCCUCAAGACGAAGAGCAAAGACACGCAGAUUAAGGAGGUUGGGAAGAAAUUUAACCCUGAUCAUGGCCAUAGCACAUCGCUUGAGCUAUCCGUUCAGGAAUCUCCACUGCUGGGAGGAAAACGAGUGCCUCAACUACUACGGCCUGCUGUCUCUUCAUGAGGUUUUUGAAAUAGUUGGUUCUCAGUUGACUGAAACUGACAUCGAGGUGCUUUCUUUCCUUUUAAAUGAAACUUGUACAGUGCAACACCCGCUUGAUCCUACAGGCUGGACAGUGGAGCCGAGCGAGGACGAUCCGGAUGAUGUGGGAGUGCGCCCGAGUCCUCAGCUUUUAAACUUGUGGCGACGAUUUAACGUUAGCACGUCCCCACAGCCGAUAUUUGCCUCUCAUAAGCCAAAAAGUGGCCUUGAGUUGUUGUUGGAGCUGGAGAAAAGAGGGUACAUCAGUGAGGGCAACUUGGAGCCUUUACUACAGCUGCUCCGAGUCCUGACCCGUCACGACCUGCUCCCCUUUGUGUCCCAUAAGAGAAGGAGGACAGUUUCUCCAGAGAGAAUCCAGCACUGGCGUGGAGCAGAGCACAGAGAGGUGAUGUUCUCCUCGGGAAUGCCCCAAACCUGCAGAGCCACUGAAAUGCCUCUGUCCACUUUCACUCCACAGGGGAGAUCAGGUUUGUACUCUCCUGUCCCUGGCGCAUCUGCCCAGAAACGACGACGGAAGAGGGGGAACGGCUGGUCCCGAAAACCCAAGAAACUGGCCAAACCGAGCCAGCCUCCACCUCCCCCGGUCCCCCAGAGCGUCUCCUGUGACGUGCGACUGCGUGUGCGUGCCGAGUACCUGGAGCACGAGUCGGCUCUACGUAACGGCGUGGCGUCAGACAAGCGGCAGCCCCUGGAGCGUCAGUUCGAGCUGUUCAGUCAGGCCAACUCGGUCCUGAGGUCCAGAAACCUCGGCUCCAUCGUGUGCGACAUCAAGUUCACGGAGCUGGGUAACCUGCACGCGUUCUGGGCCGACUACCAGAGCGGCGCUUUGCUGGAGGCGCUCAAAGGCGUGUUCAUCACAGACUCUCUGAGGAGCGCGGCGGGCAGCGAGGGCGUGCGGCUACUCAUCAGCGUGGACCAGGACGACUACGAGGAGGGCUGUCGUCUGCUCAUGGCCGGUAAAGGGCCGCACGCAGAGCCGGGGCAGGGUCAAAGGUCACAGAUGUGCUGGACUGUGUAAAGACGGGACAUUCUAACGGGGAACGAGGCCAAGAAUCAGAAAAAGUGCUGAGGACUUUGUGUCAGGCCUGUUUAGACACUAUUUUCAGUCUGUCACGUAACCACUAGAUGGCAGCACUUACCAUCUCAUUUUGUUAAACGGGGCCUUUCAUUUAGACUAUUUCAAAUGCUCUUUAACAGCCAUAAAUAAUAAUUUGCUAAUAAUUAAAAUAUCUAGAUUAGUAAAUAAAAUGCACUGGUGCUUUUUUUUGUACAAAAUCACUUUGGGUCAAUGUUUUAUCGUGACGAAAUAUGUUAUUAAUAUAUUCUUUUUAGUUUAGUGUUUUUGAAUAUCAAGACUGACUUCUUUCUUUUUGGUUUGUAAUAAAUAACAAACUUACUAAAAGUGCCAGUUUUAAAUCUGAACUGCAACUCAAAAAAAAAAAAAAAAAUCUGCCAAAGAAAAGUUGACGUUUUAGAAAUCUUGAUUUUUUUUAUUUUUUUUUGACCAGUCGCAAAUGGGGUUUUCCCGGAGAAGAUUCGUGUCCAACUUUAAAGUGAAACUCUGGAUCACAAACAUUAGGGGUCUGAGCUCUGUCCCGUGAUAACCUGCUUGGUGAUUGCGGUGUGCAGUGGAUACAGCAGAUGACAGCCGUGAUUAGGACCAGGCGUCACUAGACCAUGGCAGAUUCAUCAUCGCAGCCUUGUCAACAGCUCCGCGGAUAACGCAACCACGGCUGUGUCCGAGCUCCCGGCGAGGCCUCUGCGAGUACUGCUCUCAGCGAGUAAAGCACAGGACGCUGCGGCGGUCAAUAGAAGUGAUGUUGGGGAGAUCAAAAUCAAAAGUGCACAUCCCAGCUCCACUCAGCCCUGCGAUGUCGCCCAGCAGAAAGGCUCACAGACAGCGGCCGACUCACCCUGCUGGAACUAAUGCCUGGACUUGACUCAUCGAGGAGGAUCAAUAAGGCCCAGUGUAAGUCCCCUCAUACGGACUCGACUUAAGCAGCUCUGCCGCCGCCCGCGACUCUGCUCCACCCCAACGCCCCAAACGGACUCUUUAUUUCAUACGCUUUUGUAUCAGUUGUAUAUUUGUACCUUAACAAUGGAAAAAAGACUUCAGGGCGACAUUUUUGUUAAAGAAAUUUGUAUUUCUUUUGUGUAAAUAUUAAAUAUUGCUGUUGAAAA